AUGUUUCUCUUUCUCUCUUUCUUUCUCUGUGUGCCUCACUCGCUUGGAAUAGUUCAAUUAAUCAGUUGCAGAAAAUCAAGGGAGAGAUUAUCUUCAACUAGUGUUUAUCGACUACGAACGAUCUCAAAAAAAUCAAACCGAAACUCCGUAAAUGAAGGCCAAGGCAACAUCUACAGCAGUCUUGAGCCCCUCUCUUAUCUCUUUCGAACACAAGAGGGAUGCUUAUGGGUUUGCUGUGAGACCUCAGCAUGUACAAAGAUACCGCGAAUAUGCUAAUAUAUACAAGGAGGAAGAGGAGGAAAGAUCAGAUAGGUGGAAGAACUUUCUGGAACAGCAAGUAGAGACUCAACUAUUGCCUGUAAAUGGGUUAUCUUAUGAGGAAGGUAAAAAGGAAUUACUUGCAGAAGCUACUGAGCAGGAAGCAAAUGUCAUAUCAGAGAAAGACGUAGAAGGAGAUGAUUUAAGUAUCAAGAAGCAAGAUUCUGGUGCUUCUACUGAAGAUUUGAAAAAUGGGGGAGUGUCAGCGGUGAUAGAGACGAAAACUCAUAGGGUCCAAAUAUGGACUGAGAUUAGACCAUCCCUUCAUGCCAUCCAGGAUAUGAUGAGUAUUCGAGUGAAGAAAAAGAGCAAUUUAGCAAAAAAUGAGCAAGAUGCUGGAAUUGGAAAGCCUCUUCCUCCUGUUGAAGAGGUUAAAUCUGCAAAAGGAGCAUCAGAAGAGGAUUCUGAAGAGGAGUAUUAUGAUGUGGAGAGAUCAGAUCCAACUCAAGAUGCCCCUUCCAGUGACAGUGUGAGUGCCCCUAUGCCUACUGCUACUGAUGUGGUCCAUCCUGAAUCUUUCUCUUCAUGGAAAGAAGAGUUGGAAUGUCUUGUUCGUGGGGGAGUGCCAAUGGCUCUGAGGGGAGAGCUUUGGCAAGCCUUUGUGGGUGUGCCCGCUCGCCGGUCAGAGAAGUAUUAUCAAGAUUUGCUAGGUGCAGAAAAUAAUUCUAGCAACAGUGUGGAACAACAAAGUUUGCAAUCGGGCAAAAGUAGUAAGGGGUCAAAUACAUGCGCUGUAUCUGUACCUGAGAAAUGGAAAGGGCAGAUUGAGAAGGACUUACCUCGAACUUUCCCAGGCCAUCCUGCCCUGGAUGAGAAUGGUAGAAAUGCUUUGAGGCGUUUGCUAACAGCAUAUGCUCGACAUAACCCCUCUGUUGGGUACUGUCAGGCUAUGAAUUUCUUUGCGGGCUUACUAUUGCUUCUAAUGCCUGAGGAAAAUGCCUUUUGGACUUUAGUGGGUAUUAUUGAUGACUACUUUGAUGGCUAUUAUUCAGAGGAAAUGAUAGAAUCUCAGGUUGACCAACUUGUUUUUGAGGAGUUGGUGCGCGAGAGAUUUCCGAAAUUGGUCAAUCAUUUGGAUUACCUUGGAGUGCAGGUGGCAUGGGUUACUGGACCCUGGUUUCUCUCAAUUUUUAUGAAUAUGCUUCCAUGGGAAAGUGUUCUUAGAAUCUGGGAUGUUCUGCUUUUUGAAGGAAAUCGUGUGAUGCUAUUCAGAACAGCGCUUGCCUUGAUGGAGUUAUAUGGACCUGCAUUGGUGACAACCAAGGAUGCGGGGGACGCAGUUACAUUGCUGCAGUCAUUGGCUGGCUCAACAUUUGAUAGUAGUCAACUUGUCUUGACAGCCUGCAUGGGUUACCAAAAUGUAAAUGAAGUUAGAUUACAAGAAUUGAGAAAUAAACAUCGACCAGCCGUAAGGGCUGCAGUUGAGGAAAGAACAAAAGGACUUCGAGCUUGGAGGGAUUCCCAGGGUCUGGCAUCGAAGCUAUAUAGUUUCAAGCAUGAUCCUGGCUCAAUAAUGAUUGAAACCAAUAAAUCAAAUCAAUUGGCUGAUACACAGACAAAUGGUUAUAUUUCUCACAAGGAGUCUGGGUCUACUAACGUGGAUGAAUACCUUAAGAACUUGACAGGGGAUGCUGAGAUAGAUUCUGUCCCAGAUCUUCAAGAACAGGUGGUGUUGUUGAAGGGUGAAUUGUGCAACUUGGUAGAGGAAAAUAGAUCUGCAGUUCUCAGAGCUGAAGAGUUGGAAACGGCAUUGAUGGAGAUGGUCAAGCAGGAUAACCGGCGACAACUAAGUGCAAGGGUUGAGCAAUUGGAGCGAGAGGUUGCUGAACUUCGUCGUGCCCUUGCUGAUAAGCAGGAACAAGAAAAUGUCAUGCUUCAGGUUUUGAUGAGGGUAGAGCAAGAACAGAAGGUAACAGAAGAUGCUCGCAGAUUUGCUGAGCAAGAUGCAGCAGCUCAGAGAUAUGCUGCUCAAGUGCUUCAGGAAAAAUAUGAAGAGGUGACUUUUACCCUCUCUGAAAUGGAGAAGAGGGUGGUAAUGGCAGAGUCAAUGUUGGAAGCUACCUUACAGUACCAAUCUGGCCAAAUUAAAGCACAACCAUCUCCACGAUCUGUACAACAAGAUUCUUCACCAGUGCAGAGCAAUCAAGAGCCCACACAAGACUUUCCCGUGAGAAAAAUUGGUUUGCUCUCUAGACCAUUUGGACUUGGUUGGCGUGACAGGAACAAGGGGAAGCCCGCUAAUGCUGAGGAGCCAACCGAUGGCAAGUCUACAAGCAAGGAACAAAGUCCAAGUGCCGAACAGAAAGACACUAAUGGCCAUCAAGUGUAAAGAUCCAAAGUGUAAGACUUUGUAGGACGAUUAUAAGAUUCCCUAAUUUCUCUACCUGGGAUUCUUAGUAUUCUUCUGUAUUGAUGAAGCAUGGGGACCCGCAUAGAUUUAGUUUUUCUUUUUCUGUAUUCUCAUUCUGAUAUAAAAGCUCCUGUUGAUUUAUUGUUUUUGUUUGUUUGUUUGUUUGUUUGUUUGUUCAUUAAACAGUGGCGAUGAUAAUAGUUGUAGGGGAGAAGAGAAAAUGUAGAAAGAAUUCAUUGUUAUCAACGGUAUAAUCAAUGCUUCUGUUUCUUGUAUUGCUUCAUCA